GCCCGGCCCGGCCGCCGAGGCGCCGGGGCUCGAGGAGCCUUCCUGGGGCGCUGGGUUGCGGCCAGUGAGCAGCGCUCGGGGUAGAAGACCCGAGUGAGAGGAGGUCCGGCUGCAGAAGGGCAGGAUGUGGGAACUAAGCGCACAGAGCUAAGUAACCUGUCCAAGGAUAACAAAGUAGUAAAUGGCAAAGCUGGAAUUCUAUCUGCAGCCAGAGCUGGGGCUUUCAGUAUGCAGCUGGCCCCUCAGGUAACUGAAACCUCAGAGGGUGAAACUACACGUAAUGGGGGGCUGCUGUACCAUUUCAUACCCAUUAGGAUGUCUACUAUCAAAAAAAGAAAAUAACAAGUUGAAUCCUGAUGUCCAAACCCUAUUCCUAUAUUUGGAAAAUUCUGCACUUUAUAAAUAUCACUGGGAAGCCCUGCCUACCUCCAGCCCUGGAAGCUCAGUUUCCUAUCUUCCUUGCAGUGAGGACACAAGCCCCCGAGCUUCGCUCCACUAAUGCUCAUUUUUCCUGAGAGAAGCCAGCUGCCAUGUCAUGAGGAUGCUCAAGAAGCUCCAUGGAAAUGUUCACACGGUCCAUGUAGAGAGGGACUGAGGUCGCCUGCCAACAGACAGGAGUGGGCCAUCUUGGAAGCAGAUCCUUCAGUCCCAGUCAAGUCUUCAAAGGCUCCAAUACUGGUCAACAUCCUGACUGUAAUCUCAUGAGAGACUCGGAGCCAGAAGCACCCAGCUAAGCCAAAACCAAAUUCAUGACCCUUAAAGAAAUAAGUCUAAUCAUGAGAAAAACACAAGACAAAUUCCAAUUGAAGGACAUUCUACAAAAUACCUGACCAGCACUUCUCAAAAAUGUCAAGAUCAUCGAAAACAAGGAAAUUCUUAGAAACUGUCACAGCCAAGAGAUGCCUAAGAAGACAUGAUAACUAAAGAACCAUGAGACAGAGCUUCUGUCAUCAGUUAUACUUGGAAUUUGGUGAAAAAGAAGAAAGAAUUUGGAAUCAAUCAGAGUUCCGUCCGUGUUCCCCCAGUUAGGAGGUAUUUCCUUCUCCCUAAAAGGGAAGCAACACUAUCUGCUCCGUCUAACUCGCAGAGUUGUUCUAAGGACCCAAUGCGCUAGACGGGAAAGACAGGUACAGUUGCUGCUGAAAGUCCAGCGCUUCCUAGCUGGGGGACACUUUGGUGACUCGAAGGGCAGCUCUCUGCCAUUAAAAAUCAAGAAAUACAAACAAGAUGCUGCAGUUUCUUGACAUGGAGAACCAAGCCCAUAAUACAGUGGGAGCUUCUCCUUGUGAGGCUGAGCUUCAGGAAUUAAUGAAACAAAUUGAUAUCAUGGUAAACAACAAAAAACUGGAUUGGGAAAGGAAGAUACAGGCUCUGGAGACACGAUUAGAUCUUCGGGAUCAAGAGUUGGCAAAUGCACAAAUUUGUUUAGAACAGAAAGGUCAAGAGGUGGGGUUCCUUAGACAGAAGUUGGCCAGUUUGGAAAAAUGUAACUUAGCAAUGACUCAGAAUUAUGAAGGACAACUACAAACCCUAAAAGCUCAAUUCUCCAAACUAACUAAUAGCUUUGAAAAACUGAGAUUACACCAGAUGGAACAAAAUAAAUUUCGACAAAAAGAAGUACCACGUGUCAAAGAAGAAAUACCCUUUGAACUGAGCAAUUUGAACCAGAAAUUAGAGAAACAGGAACAAAGUUACCAAACUCCACUAAAUAGUAAAAAACAGGGCAUAGAAGACAGCAGCUCUGAAAUUCCUUGGAUAUGGGAACCAGAUACCAGUUGUGAAACCAAUGAAAGAGAUGACUUUGUUAUUGAAAAAUUAAAAUCAGCUGUGAGUGAAAUAGAGUUAAGCAGGAAUAAGUUACAAUAUGAAAAUCAGAAGCUCUUACAAGAACUAAAAAUGUACCAAAGACAGUGCCAGGCCAUGGAAGCAGAACUCUCAGAGGUGAAAAGUGAGUUACAAUCACGUGAUGAUCUCUUGAGAAUUAUAGAAAUGGAACGAUUGCAGUUGCACAGAGAACUAUUAAAAGUAGGAGAGUGCCAAAGUGCUCCAGAAGAUAAAAAAAGACUUGAAUCAUCUUAUUCACCAUCUAUUAAAGAAACAGAAAAACAAUGGAAAGAGCUGUUUGCAGUGACCCCAGAUCAACCAAAUCAUGAAAAAGAAUUGAACAAGAUAAGAAGCCAACUCUAUCAGGAGGAAGAGUACCAUAGCUCGGAGCAGGAAAGAAUGAGGAAUGAAAUCUCUGACCUAACAGAGGAGCUUCAUCAGAAGGAGAUCACUAUAGCAACUAUCAUGAAGAAAGCUGCCUUUCUGAAAAGACAGUUAAAACUGGAGUUAGAAAUAAAAGAGAAAAUGUUGGCGAAACAACAGAUAAGUGGAAUUGCUGAUAUAAAGAGUAUGGACUUCACUAACAGCGAACAUGCAAGGCAUACAUCUAUUAACAUACUGGAAUAUGAGAAUGAAAGGCUCCAAAAUGACUUUGCAGAACUUCAUGCCAGUGGAAAAUCAGCAUGGGCUAACCAAAAUACCUAUGAAGAAACAGGAAGAUUUAGCCACGAUCGUGAGCCGAACAAAAGUGCAACACCUUCGUUGCCACCUUUGACAUUUCAAACCAAAGAAAUGACAAGUCCUUUGGUUAGUGAUGAUGAAGUAUUCCCAAUGUCGCCCCCAGAUAUAGCCUUCCCAGGUUCUUUGGCUGCACAGCAUUUCCUUCUGGAGGAGGAGAAGCGAGAAAAAGAACUUGAAAAACUUCUGAAUGCACAUAUUGAUGAACUGCAAAGAGAGACAGAAUUUACUCUUAAUAAAUACACCAAGCUAAAACAAAACAGACACAUAUGAGCUUUUAAACUUUUUUAUUUGCUUUGCCCACCCCAAGGAAAAAAGCUCUGGCAAAAUAUUUACAAAGCUGAUUAAUGAAACUGAGAAAUUUUGUUCUGUUUUCCUGAGUAAAUCAUUUCUGUAAGGUAGCUAGAAAAUAGUAUUUUGUUCAAUAAAGCUGUUUGUAUUUCUGCAUUAACAAAUUGUUGAGCUACAGUUACUCUAAAAUAAACAUGACUUCUCCAAAAGAGAUUUUUUUCUCCAGUCUAAGGAAUAGUUUGGAAUUAAAUAUGCAGUUUUUUCCCACCUGAAUCAUGUAUACUGAAACCCAUUUCCUCUGUAACAACACAUGAUGAGGGAAAGGGUCACACUAUAUUCUAAAUACAAACAGAUCAAGUGCAGCUCUGUUGUACUAGGUUUGAAAACUCAACGAUUUUUAAAAAUGAAUAGCUAUGUAAACAUCCUAAAAUUUCUUUUAGGAAAAAAAGAUACAGCUUACUGUUUCUGCAUUCAUCUUUGUAAUGUCUCUCUGUUUUAACACAAAAGACCUGGAAUGUGCUGUUUGCACACUUAAAACAUAUGUGCCAAAUAUUAAUGCUUUCCUGUUAGUACUAAUUAUUACUUCAUGGACAUAAGA